AUGGCACAAUCGGUGCUGGUACCCCCAGGACCUGACAGCUUCCGCUUUUUCACGAAAGAAUCCUUGGCAGCUAUUGAGCAACGCAUCGCCGAGGAAAAAGCAACUAAGUCCAAACAAGAACGUAAAGACAUUGAUGACGAUGAAAAUGGACCCAAACCCAAUAGUGACUUGGAGGCCGGCAAAUCACUGCCCUUUAUAUAUGGAGACAUACCUCCGGGAAUGGUGUCCGAGCCCUUGGAGGACCUGGACCCAUACUACCUUAACAAAAAAACAUUUAUAGUAUUGAAUAAAGGGAAGGCAAUCUUCCGAUUCAGUGCCACUUCUGCUGUGUAUUUGUUAACUCCUUUCAACCCUGUUAGAAAAAUAGCUAUUAAAAUUUUGGUACAUUCUUUAUUCAGCAUGCUUAUUAUGUGCACUAUUUUAACCAACUGUGUAUUUAUGACCAUGAGUAACCCUCCGGAAUGGACAAAGAAUGUAGAAUACACAUUCACUGGAAUUUAUACCUUUGAAUCACUAAUAAAAAUUCUUGCAAGGGGCUUCUGUUUAGAAGGUUUCACUUUUCUCCGGGAUCCCUGGAACUGGCUUGACUUCACGGUCAUUACGUUUGCACUGUUUCUUCCUGGCAUCAGUCCUAAUGUAGUAGAGCCUACUUCAUCAGAAGGGAUGAGUCAAGAAUUGGGUAAAACCUUGCGAGCAGCUGGCAAAACCUACAUGAUCUUUUUUGUUCUGGUGAUUUUCCUGGGCUCCUUCUAUCUGAUCAACCUGAUCCUGGCUGUGGUCGCCAUGGCCUACGAAGAGCAGAACCAGGCCACCUUGGAAGAAGCGGAGCAGAAGGAGGCAGAGUUUCAGCAGAUGCUGGAGCAGCUGAAAAAACAGCAAGAAGAAGCUCAGGCAGCUGCUUUAGCCGCCACAGCCGGGGAAUCUAGAGAAUUCAGCGAAGUUGGUGGUGUAGGAGAGUUCUCGGAGAGUUCUUCAGCCACCUCAAAGUUGAGUUCAAAGAGUGCUAAAGAGAGGAGGAAUCGGCGUAAGAAACGGAAACAGAGAGAACAGACCGAAGGAGAUGAAAAGGAUGAAGACAAAUUUCACAAAUCUGAAUCAGAGGACAGCAUCCGAAGGAAAGGCUUCCGAUUCUCUAUCGAAGGGAACAGACUGACAUAUGAGAAACGCUUCUCUUCUCCACAUCAGUCUUUGCUGAGCAUCCGUGGAUCCCUCUUUUCCCCAAGGCGCAGCAGCAAAGCGAGUCUUUUCAGUUUCAGAGGCCGAACAAAGGACAUAGGAUCAGAGAAUGACUUUGCUGAUGAUGAGCACAGCACCUUUGAAGACAAUGAGAGCAGGAGGGAUUCUCUCUUUGUUCCACACAGACACAGUGAGCGGCGCAACAGCAACAUUAGUCAGGCCAGCCGGUCGUCCAGGGUACUGCCUGUGCUUCCAGCGAAUGGGAAGAUGCAUAGCACCGUGGACUGCAAUGGGGUGGUCUCUUUAGUUGGCGGGCCUCCUGCUCUGAUGUCGCCCACGGGGCAGCUUCUCCCUGAGGGCACCACUACUGAAACAGAAUUAAGAAAAAGACGCUCAAGUUCUUACCAUAUGUCUAUGGAUUUUCUGUCUGAACCUACUGCGAGGCAAAGAGCAAUGAGUAUAGCCAGCAUACUUACCAACACAAUGGAAGAACUUGAGGAAUCUAGACAGAAGUGUCCCCCGUGCUGGUAUAAAUUUGCAAACAUGUGCUUAAUCUGGGAUUGCUGGCCUCCCUGGUUAAAAAUAAAGCAUAUUGUUAAUUUGAUUGUGAUGGAUCCGUUUGUCGACCUUGCUAUCACCAUCUGCAUUGUUCUGAACACUUUGUUUAUGGCUAUGGAACAUUAUCCAAUGACGCCUCAGUUCAAUAAUGUGCUGUCUGUUGGAAACUUGGUGUUUACUGGCAUCUUUACAGCAGAAAUGUUCCUUAAGAUAAUAGCCAUGGAUCCUUAUUAUUAUUUCCAAGAAGGGUGGAAUAUUUUUGAUGGCAUCAUUGUCAGCCUGAGUUUGAUGGAACUGGGUCUCGCCAACGUGGAAGGCCUGUCAGUCCUGAGAUCCUUCAGACUGCUUCGAGUUUUCAAAUUGGCCAAAUCUUGGCCAACAUUAAACAUGUUGAUAAAGAUUAUUGGCAACUCAGUGGGUGCCUUGGGAAAUUUGACCUUGGUCCUGGCCAUCAUCGUCUUCAUUUUUGCCGUGGUUGGAAUGCAGCUCUUUGGGAAAAGCUACAAGGAAUGUGUCUGCAAGAUCUCCAAUGACUGUGAACUUCCACGGUGGCACAUGAAUGAUUUUUUCCAUUCUUUCUUGAUUGUCUUUCGAGUACUUUGUGGAGAAUGGAUAGAGACUAUGUGGGAUUGUAUGGAAGUUGCUGGACAAACAAUGUGCCUUACUGUCUUCAUGAUGGUCAUGGUAAUUGGAAAUCUAGUGGUUCUGAACCUGUUUCUAGCUUUGCUCCUGAGCUCCUUCAGCUCAGACAAUCUUGCUGCUACUGAUGAUGACAACGAAAUGAACAACCUCCAGAUUGCUGUGGCCAGGAUUCAGAGAGGGAUUGAUUACGUGAAAAGAAAAGCACAUGAAUUUGUGCAGAAGGCCUUUGUGAGGAAACAAAAGGCUUUGGAUGAAAUCAAACCACUUGAAGACCUAAACAACAAGAAAGAGAGCUGCAUUUCUAACCAUACUAUAGUAGACAUUGGCAAAGACUUCAACUAUUUGAAAGAUGGCAAUGGAACAACCAGUGGUAUAGGCAGCAGUGUGGAAAAAUAUAUCAUUGAUGAAAGCGAUUACAUGUCAUUCAUAAACAAUCCAAGUGUCACUGUGACUGUGCCCAUUGCAGUUGGGGAAUCGGAUUUUGAAAAUUUAAAUACUGAAGAGUUCAGCAGUGAAUCAGAUUUGGAAGAGAGCAAAGAGAAACUUAAUGCAUCUAGUUCAUCUGAAGGUAGUACAGUUGAUGUUGGACUUCCCCAAGUUGGAGAACAACCAGAAGCAGAACCGGAAGAAUCUCUUGAACCAGAGGCUUGUUUCACAGAAGACUGUGUUCAGCGGUUCAAGUGCUGCCAAGUCAGCGUAGAAGAUGGGAAAGGAAAAAUAUGGUGGAAUCUUCGGAAGACCUGCUACAAAAUAGUAGAACAUAAUUGGUUUGAGACAUUUAUUGUCUUCAUGAUUCUCCUCAGCAGUGGUGCUCUGGCCUUUGAAGACAUAUAUAUAGAGCAGCGCAAAACUAUCAAGACCAUGCUGGAAUACGCUGACAAGGUCUUCACAUACAUCUUCAUUCUGGAAAUGCUUCUGAAGUGGGUGGCGUAUGGCUUUCAGAUGUAUUUCACCAAUGCCUGGUGCUGGCUGGAUUUCCUCAUUGUUGAUGUCUCCUUAAUUAGCUUAACAGCAAAUGCCUUGGGUUAUUCUGAACUUGGUGCAAUUAAAUCGCUUAGGACUUUAAGAGCUUUGAGACCUCUGAGAGCCUUGUCUCGGUUUGAAGGAAUGAGGGUGGUGGUAAAUGCCCUCUUGGGAGCAAUUCCAUCUAUUAUGAAUGUGCUUCUUGUAUGUCUCAUAUUCUGGCUGAUCUUCAGCAUCAUGGGAGUGAAUCUCUUUGCCGGCAAGUUCUACCACUGCGUUAACACUUCAAAUGGUGAAAUGUUCAGUAUUUAUGAGGUUGACAAUCAGACUCAGUGCCAGGAGCUCAUAGAGAAAAAUGAAACAGCCCGAUGGAAAAACGUGAAAGUCAAUUUCGAUAAUGUGGGACUAGGUUACCUCUCCUUGCUUCAAGUAGCCACCUUCAAAGGCUGGAUGGAUAUUAUGUAUGCGGCAGUGGAUUCACGCAAUGUGGAAGAGCAACCUCAUUAUGAAGAUAACCUGUAUAUGUAUCUUUACUUUGUCAUCUUUAUCAUCUUUGGAUCCUUCUUCACCUUAAAUUUAUUUAUUGGUGUCAUCAUAGAUAAUUUUAAUCAGCAAAAAAAGAAGUUUGGAGGUCAAGACAUCUUUAUGACAGAAGAACAGAAGAAAUAUUACAACGCAAUGAAAAAACUGGGCUCCAAGAAACCACAGAAACCAAUUCCAAGGCCAGCUAACAAAUUCCAAGGCAUGGUCUUUGAUUUUGUAACAAAACAAGCCUUUGACAUCAGCAUCAUGAUUCUUAUCUGCCUUAACAUGGUCACCAUGAUGGUGGAAACAGAUGAUCAAACUGAUGCAAUGGAAACAAUUCUAUACCGAAUUAAUCUUAUCUUCAUUGUCCUUUUCACUGGGGAAUGUGUCCUGAAACUGAUUUCACUCCGCUAUUAUUAUUUCACCAUUGGAUGGAACAUUUUUGAUUUUGUAGUUGUCAUUUUAUCCAUUGUAGGUAUGUUCCUGGCGGAGAUCAUUGAAAAAUACUUUGUGUCACCCACCUUGUUCCGAGUGAUCCGACUUGCCAGGAUAGGUCGCAUCCUGCGUCUCAUCAAGGGCGCAAAAGGGAUCCGCACGCUGCUUUUUGCCUUGAUGAUGUCUCUCCCGGCCUUGUUUAACAUUGGCCUCCUCCUCUUCCUGGUCAUGUUCAUCUACGCCAUAUUCGGGAUGUCCAACUUUGCCUACGUGAAGAGAGAGGUUGGGAUUGAUGACUUGUUCAACUUCGAAACGUUUGGCAACAGCAUGCUCUGCCUCUUUCAGAUCACCACCUCUGCGGGCUGGGACGGCUUGCUGGCGCCCAUUCUCAACAGUGGCCCACCAGACUGUGACCCUGAAGUAGACCACCCGGGAAGCUCCGUCAAAGGAGACUGCGGCAAUCCUUCGGUUGGGAUCUUCUUCUUCGUCAGCUACAUCAUCAUAUCGUUCUUGGUUGUUGUAAACAUGUAUAUCGCUGUCAUUCUGGAGAACUUCAGUGUUGCUACUGAAGAAAGUGCUGAGCCUUUGAGCGAGGAUGACUUUGAAAUGUUCUAUGAGGUCUGGGAAAAGUUUGACCCAGAUGCAACCCAGUUUAUAGAGUUCAUUAAACUCUCUGAUUUUGCCGCUUCCCUGGAUCCUCCUCUCCUAAUACCAAAACCAAAUAAAGUUCAGCUAAUUGCAAUGGAUUUGCCCAUGGUAAGUGGUGACAGAAUUCACUGCCUUGACAUCUUGUUUGCCUUUACGAAGCGUGUUUUGGGAGAAAGCGAAGAAAUGGACUUACUCCGAGUGCAAAUGGAAGAUCGGUUCAUGCAAGCCAAUCCUUCCAAAGCCUCCUAUGAACCAAUUACAACCACGCUAAAACGAAAGCAAGAGGAGGUAUCUGCAGUCAUUAUUCAGCGAGCCUUUAGACGCUACCUUUUAAAGCAAAAAGUUAAAAAAGUGUCCUGUAUUUUUAAUAAAGAUCGAAUAAAACAUGGAGACGAUACUCUUAUCAAAGAAGAUAUGAUCAUUGAUAAGCUGAAUGAAAAUUCCACUCCUGAAAAAAAUGAUAUGACACCCUCUACCACCUCUCCGCCUUCCUAUGAUAGCGUUACAAAACCUGACAAAGACAAAUAUGAAAAAGACAAAACAGAAAAAGAAGAUAAAGCUAAAGAUAUCAGGGACAGCAAAAAAUGA